AAGGAGAAAGAGGGAAGAAAUGGGGGUGAAGAAUUUGUGGGAUAUUCUUCAACCUUGCGACAAGUCUCUGCCUCUCCACCGUCUCCAAAACAAGAGGGUGGGCAACUCGUCAUAGAUCUCUCUCGUUGGAUUGUUCAACUUCAAAAUGUUAAAAAUUCGCUCUGCGCCGUCAAGGACAAACUCUAUCUCAAGGGUCUCUUCCGGUUACCCCACGUCAAGGCCCUCAUCGCCUUGAAUUGCAGCCUUAUUUUUGUUACAGGGAGCAAUGGAUAUCUACAGAGAGAGAAUCAGUUUUGGCAACUCAAUGAGGCAUAAACAAGGCCCAAGUGCCACGCAGCAGAUUCUGAUGUAAUACAUAGGUGAGUUAGUUAUGCCAGUUUUGUUACUGCUAUCAUAUAUGUUAGCUGUUAGUAGGAGACAUCAAACAAGUGUCAUUGAUCUGAAUUUUUCAUUUACAUUUCUCUGCCAUCCUUUCCGCAUCUCUUUGUGUAUUAACGCCUUUCUAAAAGAGCUUAGGAUGAAAGUAACAUGCACGGGCAUAGAUAAUUGCACUUUAUGAGAAUCUAUAUUGAAUCUAACUGUCUGUUUGAACGCUUCAUUUGUACAUUUGUUGUAGAUUUCAACGUCUACCCUACCACAAGUUAUGGAAGCUUUUUUAGUAUCUUUAAACUCCAGGAAUAAGCCAGGAAAAUGAGAUUGCUUGGUGGUCAUUAACCUUUCUGUUUUAUGUAUAUGGUUCAGGAUAGAAGUUACCGGUAUCCUCUAUAUCCAAUACAAUCCUUGAGGAAAAUGGUUUCUCUAUGCAGUAAUUAAACCUCUAAAGGGUGGUCCAGGAGAUAUUUAUGAUGAAAUAACUCUGAAUUUUCUUAUGGGGAUAUAUCUUGAAUAUUUCUUAAGGUGGUAUUAUUUCAGUUAUUAUUGGCUUUGAACUAUUCAUUUUGAAAUCCUUUAAAUGAUAAACUGUUCAAUGCUCUAUGAAACGUGAGUUGAACAGAAUUUGGUAAGUUUUUUGAAACUGGGUUUUUGAAACUGGGUCUUUCUCUGCUAAAAUUCCUCUUGUUCUUUUAGUAUAACUGCCUUAUUAACAAAGGUUCUGAAUUUCUUAUUCUUUUGUGGAAAUCGGGACCUGCAUGUUGCCAAAGCUGGAAAUGAGUUAGCCUAUGCCAAUUACGCUAGGCCUAGUCUUUAUUUCUUAUUGCCUAGAAACUAAGGCAUGCACCUUUUAACUGUUUUAUUCUUGUAGAGUUGUUGUGCAACAUCCAUUUCAGCAACUGGAACUUCAACACAUGUGCAAAACUUAUGGGGUGGCCUCCUGAGAAAACAGGUUCCUUGCUUCCUUAGGUAUGUACAUGGGAUUACAUGCAUGAACAUACAACAUUUGUUAUAAAUUCAUGCUUCCAUG